GACGUCAUGCUCGCCGGGCUGGCGGAGGAAGAGGGUUCCAGGAUUGGUUGGCGCUGGGGCGGCGGGUGGUGGAGGGGCCUGGCGAGUCUGGGUUUCAAGCCUGUGCUGGACUUUCUUCUUCCAUGUUUCCAGGCCGUAGGGGGCUGCAGAGGGCGGGGAGUAGGUUCAGCAGAAACCUGGAUUUGAUUCUAAGAGCCGUGGGGUUGAGAAAGGUUGACCGGAAGUGAUCUUGGUACUGACCGGAAGCGAGGCCUGGAGGGGAAAGAGAGCGGGUCCCCGGAGGGAGGGAGGGGGUUUCCAUCAGAAGGGGGCGGGGGAAAAGGUGCAGAAGCGGCGUAAGAGCGUGGUGCAUGUUGCCAGUCGCUGCUACUGGUCUGUGUGGAAGGUAGUGAGCGACCGCCAGCGAGCUCCAGAGGCUAGUCCAAGGAGUGAGAGUGCAGGAGUCCAGGGCUGUCUAUAGGAAGUCUGAAAUAGUUGAGCAAAGGGAGCCUUACACUCCUGAGAACAGGGCGGGAGGGAUUUUGGAAGCCGCGGUGGCCAAGAGCGAGUAGCUAAGGGUACGGGAGAUUAGUUGUGCAGCCACUGCUGCUCACGUUUGGGGGUGGCUGGUGGGCAGUGUGUGUGAUCUUGGUUUGGAGUUUUCUACUGUCUUAACCCCUGUGGGGUAGAAUUACGCUCCGCGCAUUUGUAAAAGAAACGGUGUCACCUGGGGCACGGAAGGAGCCAGGAUGGCUUGGGCUCUGAAGCUGCCUCUGGCCGAUGAAGUGAUUGAAUCCGGGCUGGUGCAGGACUUUGAUGCUAGCCUGUCCGGGAUCGGUCAGGAACUGGGUGCUGGUGCCUAUAGCAUGAGUGAUGUCCUCGCAUUGCCCAUUUUUAAGCAAGAAGAGUCAAGUUUGCCUCCUGAUAACGAGAAUGAAAUCCUACCUUUUCAAUAUGUGCUUUGUGCUGCCACCUCUCCAGCAGUGAAACUUCAUGAUGAAACUCUGACCUAUCUCAAUCAAGGGCAGUCUUAUGAAAUUCGAAUGCUAGACAAUAGGAAACUUGGAGAACUUCCAGAAAUUAAUGGCAAGUUGGUGAAGAGUAUAUUCCGUGUAGUGUUCCAUGACAGAAGGCUACAGUACACGGAACAUCAGCAGUUGGAGGGCUGGCGGUGGAACCGACCUGGUGAUAGAAUUCUUGAUAUAGAUAUCCCAAUGUCUGUGGGUAUAAUCGAUCCUAGGGCUAAUCCAACACAAUUAAAUACAGUGGAGUUUCUGUGGGACCCUGCAAAGAGGACAUCUGUGUUUAUUCAGGUACACUGUAUUAGCACAGAGUUCACAAUGAGGAAACAUGGAGGAGAAAAGGGGGUGCCAUUCCGAGUACAAAUUGAUACCUUCAAGGAGAAUGAGAACGGGGAAUAUACUGAGCACUUACACUCAGCCAGUUGCCAAAUCAAAGUCUUCAAGCCCAAAGGUGCAGACAGAAAACAAAAAACAGAUAGAGAGAAAAUGGAGAAACGAACACCUCAUGAAAAGGAGAAAUAUCAGCCUUCCUAUGAGACAACCAUACUCACAGAGUGUUCUCCUUGGCCUGAGAUCACCUAUGUCAAUAAUUCCCCAUCACCUGGCUUUAACAGUUCCCAUAGCAGUUUUUCUCUUGGGGAAGGAAAUGGUUCACCAAACCACCAGCCAGAUCCUCCCCCUCCAGUCACUGAUAACCUCCUGCCAACAACCACACCUCAGGAAGCRCAGCAGUGGUUGCAUCGAAACCGUUUUUCUACAUUCACCAGGCUUUUUACCAACUUCUCAGGGGCAGAUUUAUUGAAACUAACUAGAGAUGAUGUGAUCCAAAUUUGUGGCCCUGCAGAUGGAAUCAGACUUUUUAAUGCAUUAAAAGGCCGGAUGGUGCGUCCAAGGUUAACCAUUUACGUCUGUCAGGAAUCAUUACAGUUGAGGGAACAGCAGCAGCAACAGCAGCAGCAACCACAACAGAAGCAUGAGGAUGGAGACUCAAAUGGUACUUUCUUCGUAUACCAUGCCAUCUAUCUAGAAGAACUGACAGCUGUUGAAUUGACAGAAAAAAUUGCUCAGCUUUUCAGCAUUUCUCCUCGACAGAUCAGCCAGAUUUAUAAGCAGGGGCCAACAGGAAUCCAUGUGCUCAUCAGUGAUGAGAUGAUACAGAACUUUCAGGAAGAAGCCUGUUUUAUUCUGGACACAAUGAAAGCAGAAACCAAUGAUAGCUAUCAUAUUAUACUGAAGUAGGAGUGGAGCAUCCCAUGCUCAGUGGCUGCUGCUUUCCUCACCUCUUGAAAACUGCCCUCUUGGCAUGUGAAUGGAAAUUUGAAGGUCUGCAGGAAUCUGGCUCAUCUGGCUGUGUGGGGGGAAUCUAGACCCUGGAGGCAGAAUCCCAGCCCUCUGUGUUGGCCUAAGCUCUGUGUCACACACAGAUCACUGCCCAACAUGCAGUUCUGCAGAGAUUUUUUUUAGUUAAACUUUUGGCCCCUGUUAUUGAAUAUCAGUAGGAACUCCACAUCAUUUAGGUUAUAUGUAGGGCAUAGGGAUGAUGGGAAUUGUGUGAUGUUUAAUGGAAAGAUGUUAAAUUUUGUGAUAUGGAGUCAUGUAAUUUUUUUCUAAUAUAAAAAUGAACAUCUAUAUUCAUAAGACUAGGUCCUCAAUCUCUUUUGCAUCAACCAUAUUGUCAUCUCUAUUUUUUGUUUUGUUUUAGGUUUUUGUUUUGUUUUGUUUUGUUGCCACAAUUGGUUCCUGAAAACUUCAUCAAUGAGAGGAAAWACACGAAGAAUUGCUUCUGGUUCACUUGUAAUACUAUAACUGGUAGUUGUUUUGGCCAGUUAUUUAUUGAGCCAGGCAGAAAAUUUUCUAAAUGGAUUAUCUUAUUUACUUCCUGUAUGAAGUAGGCACUACAGUGAUCCCUAACUAAAGAUGGGGAAAUGGAGACACAUAGUAGCUAAGUAGCUUGCUAAAUAACAGGCAACUAGCAAGUAGUGACGCUGAAAUCCAAACCUAGGCUAACUGGUAUUAUUUUCCAUCCAGUACCACCAGUGCCACCCUUCUUUAUAGCCUAUGCUCACCAUUGUUUCUUACCAUGGCUUUUCUGAGGAACUAAGGAAUUAACCACUGAAAAAGACAAACCACACCUAAAUAAUAAUGAACAAAUCAAGACCUACAAAAGAUACUUUUAAAGUGACAUCUGCUAUCAGAAUCAUAAUUAGAGGUAGUAAAAACUCAGGAUUAUCUGUAACUCCUAAAAUUCAUUGUUCUUGAACGACAUUCUUAAACCAUUUAUAUAUGAGUUAGGCCAUUACUGCUUUCACCUCUGAGUCUUCUCUUGGUAUAGGAAAUACUUUUACUCAUGUAGUAUUAUUUUAUAUAAACUUUACAAGAAAUUAAUUCCUGUUGGACAUGGUGACACAUACCUAAGUCCACUGACUUGUGAGGCAGA